GCACUCCUCUGCGCGCGCUCGCCUCCUCCCCAACUUCCCAGUUCGUUCGUUCUCCGCGCCCGCCAGGUGCUCGACGAAUCGCUCGUCCCGUUGCUCGGAGCCAUGAAGCUGCCGACGCCCCUGACCCAGCUUCUCGUCCUGCCCACUUCGCCUUUGCCGCGGCCGCGGCUCGGCGUCAGGCCUUCCUCCCGCCGCGCGCGCGGGGCCGUGGUCAGGGGGGCUGCGCUCCGUGCUCUGCCGCGGCGCCUGGAGCUCUGGCCCUUGCGCCUCGCGGCCGUUGAGAGCGGGCCUCCCUCCGUCCCGUCUUCUGCCUCGCCUCCUCUGCCUGGCUCGGAAUCGCAGGGCGCUACCUCAGGAUUUGAUACAGGGUUCGGAGGAGGCGGUGGUGGAGAUGGAGGCGGUGACGCUGAUCUCGGGUGGGUGCGGGUGUUCCCGCACGUGCUCACGGCUUCCAUGGCCAAUUUCCUCUUUGGCUACCACAUUGGGGUCAUGAAUGGUCCAAUAGAAGAUAUCGCGAGAGAGCUUGGUUUUCAAGGAAACCCAUUUCUCCAAGGUCUUGUGGUCAGCAUAUUCAUUGUUGGUGCAUUUUUUGGGAGCUUAAGCUCGUCUGCGCUAGUUGACAGUUUAGGUUGUAAAAGGACUCUUCAGAUUGAUAGUAUUCCAUUGAUUCUCGGGGCUCUUAUCAGUGCACAGGCACAUUCGUUGGAUGAGAUGCUCCUCGGAAGGUUCCUUGUAGGUAUUGGCAUUGGCGUAAAUACUGUGCUUGUUCCACUAUAUAUCGCUGAGGUCGCUCCAACAAAAUACAGAGGCUUUUUGGGCACUCUGUGUCAAAUUGGAACAUGUUUAGGAAUAAUUGCUGCACUUUCCUUGGGGAUACCUUCUGAAAGUGAUCCACAUUGGUGGCGAACAAUGCUUUAUGCGGCAUCUAUACCUGGUUUUCUCAUUGUUGUCGGAAUGCAAUUUGCCGCUGAGAGUCCCCGCUGGCUUGUCAAGGUUGGCAGAUUAGAUGAUGCGAGCAAAGUGGUAGAAAGUCUUUGGGGAGCUUCCGAAGUUGAGAAGUCCAUUGAAGAAAUGAAAUCUGUUGUAAAUGACGAUUCACAGGCUAACUGGUCAGAACUUCUGCUGGAACCCCAAAAUAGAGUUGCAUUGAUUGGAGGGUCACUCUUCUUUCUGCAACAGUUUGCUGGAAUAAAUGGGGUUCUUUAUUUUUCAUCAUUAACAUUCCGCGAUGUUGGUAUUACCAGUGGUAUUUUGGCAAGCUUAUAUGUUGGAAUAACCAACUUUGGAGGGGCACUUGUUGCUUCAAAUUUGAUGGAUAAGCAAGGACGAAAGAAUCUUUUGAUAGGGAGCUAUCUUGGAAUGGCAUUUUCAAUGUUCCUUAUAGUGUAUUCCAUCAGCGCUCCCCUUGAUGAGGACAUUGGGCACAGCCUGUCAAUUAUUGGAACUCUCUUGUACAUUUUUACUUUUGCUCUUGGUGCUGGGCCAGUUACUGGAAUCAUCAUACCAGAGCUGAGCAGUGCUCGGACACGCACAAAAGUUAUGGGAUUCAGCUUCACUGUACAUUGGAUAUGCAAUUUUCUGGUGGGACUAUAUUUCCUGGAGCUUGUGAAGAUGUUUGGCGUUGGAGCAGUCUAUGCAGGCUUUGGUGGGGUCUCCUUGUUGUCCGCGCUUUUCGCUUACAAUUUCAUAGUUGAGACGAAAGGACGUUCUCUUGAGGAAAUUGAGAUGUCUCUGAGCCCUGCUGCCACUGGGGAACGGAAGUAAAAAAACUGCUGUAUUAAUGCAGACGAACCAAAACAUUCAACGACAUUCAGCUGCCUCAAGGAGUUUUUUUGAGUUGAGAGGUACAUGCAUUUUACGAGAUGCAUUUUGGUAUCUAAUGAUCUAACCUGCUUGUCGGUAUAAUUAGAGGUCAGGCAGUAGUAGCCCUCAGCUCCAACAAUUUGAAGCAAACAGCUUGGCCUUACGUCUAUAACUACAUCCGUGUAUAAAUGGAUCUAAUGAAAGUAAGCCUCAAUAUUUUAUGGCACAAGCCAUGGGCCUGCUAUCUAUAGUUAUCCAUACCAUGCAUCAUUGAUAUCCGCCUCAUGGAAAUGCAUGCCUUCUAUAGUUCGUUAUA